AUGACACUAUUCACGUCGCCUUACACUGUCGUCGGUGUUUUACAGGCCUUGCUUGGAUUCGCCGUUGUAGGAUUAGCCUACUUGUGCGUGUACCGUCUCUUUUUCCAUCCAUACGCAAAAUAUCCGGGUCCCCUCCUCGCCAAGCUUACCAGCUGGUACUCGGUAUACCACGCUUAUACGGGCGACCUUCACAUCGACAUAUGGGCAUGCCAUCAGAAAUAUGCUAUAUACGGCUUCGGCAAAAACGUGCAGAAAUCGAAAGCGUACCAUCGCAUCUCGCUGGUCAAGGGGGCAGAAGCCCUCCAGAGCGUCGUCAACAAGCCCACGCACGGGAAGCUGCGGAGAAUCAUCAGCCAGGGCUUUGCCGAGUCCUUCAUCCGGGCGUCGUCGUCCGAGGUGCUGGACGUGGCCCGCAUCCUGUGCCGUCGACUGGGCGAGCCGCGGGAUGAUUUCGCGCAGGUGCCCCUUGCCAACACGGACGAUGAUGAUGAUAAAGAUGGCUGGACAUGUCCCAAGAACAUGGCGGUUUGGUCCGACCUCUACACUUUUGAUGUCAUGUCUCGGGUAGUGUUUGGGAGCUCGUACGACAUGCUCGAGAGCUCCGAGAACCACUGGAUCAGCCACGCGAUCCAAGGGCAGCUCCGUCGCAUCAGUUACCUGUUCCAGCUGCCCGAGCUCGAGGAUCUGGGCCUCCACAGGAUCAUGUUUCCGGACGCACGGCGGCGCGCGUUCCGGUUCUCCCAGAAGAGCAAGCAGCUCAUGGAUACGAGGCGAGAGGGCGGGAAACCCAAACCCGAGGCCGACAUCUUCUCGUUGUUGGUCGAGGCCAGAGAUCCCGACACGAACGAGGCCUUGUCGGAGCAGCAGCUGUGGGCCGAGAGCAACCUUCUCAUCAUUGCAGGUUCCGACACGACGUCGACCGGCAUUGCAGCGACCUUUUUCUAUCUCUCGCGCAACCCUGCCGCAUACGAAAGAGUGGUGGCGGAAGUGCGCAGGACGUUCCGCUCGAGCGGCGACGUGAAACCCGGACCGGCGCUGUCGUCGUGCGUCUACCUAAAGGCCUGCGUGACCGAAGCCAUGCGCCUCUGCCCCCCGGCUGCCGGAGCGAUGUGGCGCGAGGUGCUCCCCGGGGGCCUCCUCAUCGGCGACGAGCACAUCCCCGAGGGUCUGGACGUAGGGACGGGCAUCUUCGCGCUGCAGCACGACCAACGGUACUUCCCGCAGCCCCUCAAGUACUGGCCGGAGCGGUGGCUCGCGGAGCAUGUCGGACAGGCGGCCGUCGACGUGGCCAACAGCGCGUACACCGUGUUCUCCAUCGGCCCGCGGAACUGCGUGGGGAGAUCGCUCGCCAUGCUAGAGCUCAUGGUGUGCAUGGCCACGGUCAUCAGCGACUACGACUUCCGCGCCGCUUCGGGGCACCUCGGCAGCGUGGGCGAGGGGAAGGGGUUGGUAGAGGGCCAGUACCAGGUCAAGUGGGCGUUCACCAGCGACAAGGACGGGCCGUAUAUCCAGUUCAAGAAGGCGUGCCGAGACGGAGAUGUGCCGGAGAAGGCCGGCGGUGGGCUGUGA